GAAUAAGAACCGGAAGCGACCGCUAUUAGGAAAACGAAGCUCAGCGGAAGUUGGUCUGAGGAAAUCUCUGGAAAGGAGGUCGAGCUCUUUGUGGAGGCUUCCCGGUGAAAAGGUAUUAAAAUGGUGAAAAUCUUUGUGGGGAAUCUGCCCCGAGAGGCAGACCAGGAAGAAAUCAAGGCACUCUUCACCCAGUACGGCACGGUCACGGAAUGUGCCAUCAUCAAGAACUACGCCUUCAUCCACAUGGAUGACCGCAAGGAGGCCACUAAAGCCAUCAAAAAUCUGCACCUCUAUAAGCUUCAUGGCACGCCAAUCAACGUGGAGGCCAGCCACGGGAAGAACCAUGCGGCGAUCAAGCUGCAUGUAGCGAACGUAGAGAAGGGAGCUGACGACGAGCUGCGCGGUCUCUUCGAGGAGUACGGCACGGUCACAGAGUGUGCUGUUGUCAAGAAUUUUGCUUUUGUACACAUGUCCAACUCCGAUGAGGCCAUGGAUGCCAUCAAGGGACUGGACAACACUGAGUUUCAAGGCAAGCGCAUCCAUGUCCAGAUUUCCAAGAGCCGUCCCAGGCACGAUGAACGGGAUGACUACCCCCCUCCUCCCCCAGACAGAGGUGGCUACUGGCCCCCACGCUAUCCAGGCGAGAGGCAUGAGCCUCCCCCACCUGGCUACAUGAGAGGUCGCCUUGGCCAUAUGCCCCCAGGUUACCCAGCCCCUCCUCUGCCGCCCCCUCCCCCUAGACGAGCUGUUUAUCCCGACCGUCCGUACGAUGGCGAGAGGGAAAGAUAUGGCGUGGUAGAUUACUAUGAGAAGUACCGAGCCCGCCCGUAUGGCAUGGCCUCCUACGAGGAUCAGCGCGGCGGCGCCCCUCCUCCUCCCCCUCCCCCCUCAGCCGUCGUCCGAGACCGUCUUAUGACCCCGUCGCUUGACCCGUACGAACGUCGGCCCCUCCCGCCUCCUCCAUCCUCGUACUACCCCCGAGAUCGCAGCCCCCUGAGGAGAGCACCUAACGCGCCAAUGCCUCCUGCAGGUAAUGGCUACCCCUACGAGCGCUCCCGGCUCUCUCCGGUUUCCCGCGUCCCGGCUUACGGAGUGCCACGUCCCAGGGACCCCUACGCUGAGCGGCUGCCCCCGCCACCGCCUGCACGCUACGCUUAUUAAGCAAGGCUCCGACAAGUGAAGGUGAGAAUAGGUCAGAGGUAGAUUGGUGGUCAUUUCUUUCCUGAAAAUGCACUUCGUCUCUGUACAGGCAGGACCUGUCCGACACGCUCAAGAUCUUGUGGGAAAAGCAAGCGUACGAAGUGGUAAAUUAGUUGAUAAUGCACAUCUGUGUGCUAACUUGGAGCUAAUACCUGUUUUAAUGUGUGGCGUAGUCCGACAAAGGCCGACGCCCCAGUCUGCCUUCUGGGGGGCAGAAGAAAGGGUCACGAGACAGAUCUUGAGAAAAGACAGCACGCAGGUUACUACGAUGGAAAAGGCUUCACAUCCACAUUUUCAGACGGUUCAUCUAUGUCAUUUGCUCUUUUUCCAGGAUCGUCGUUCGCCUGCGUCGCCACUCGCCGCCUCCUGAUGCACGUGACUCUAUCCACUUCCUGUCUGCGGCUGAGCGCGUUACAUUCCCCUGAGAUGCUCACAGGAGGAACCAAAUUGUCGACGUCCACGUCUGUUUUUGUUUUAAUUAAUUUGGGACAACUUUUACAUUCGUAUUUCCCCCCUGAUUGUUUUAGUUUGUCAUUGUGCUGUAGUAUUUUUAAUGCUUGACGUCUAAGUUAGGCGGAUUUUUUUUUUAUUGUAUUUUUACGUUUGAGUAAUUAGUGUUCUGAUGUGGUUUGUGACCUUAGACAGCUGAACCAUUUCAGCAGCAGUUUCUAGGCGAUACAUGUGACUGUGAACUCAACUGAAUCAUAUUUGGUAUUUAAUCUAGUCUGCACGUUGGUUCCAUCAUUUUAAAUCUUUCCAAUCGAAAACUAAAUCUCUAUGUGGCGAUCCUGUGAAAACCUAAACUGCUAAGACUCAUAUGGAAAGUGACGGCUAACGGUGUAGCUAACAAAAAAAAGCGUUCAUAUGUACCUGUCCACUGUCGACCUUUUUUCAAAUAAAACGGAUUUGUGCAGUAA